AUGUUACUCAUCUUUAGUCCUGAAGAGGGGGCACGGGAUCUCCUAAAGGAACGCAACUACACCCAGCGUGCCGCACCCGACGCAAGAGUGACGUCACGCCAAGGUGGACUCGUGCUAGCGAUGGCUAUGACGUCACCGCGGAGGAGGUCGCUGCAGUGUGCAUGCGUUGCGUGCCGCACGCUCGCCGCACUUCCGUCUAGAUCG